AUGUUUGCCCUCAGUCUCCUCUUGUUGCCUUUGGGGUAUAUCGUGUAUUUGAUAGGGCUAGCCGUAUAUCGGAUAUGGUUCCAUCCUCUAUCUAAGUUCCCUGGCCCAAAAGCAGCUGCAGUAUCUGAGUACUGGGAAGCAUGGUGGAAUAUAUGGCCACACAAAGGAGGGUGUCUCUUUGAAGUAGAGCGCUUGCACGGAGUUCAUGGUGCUGCUGUUCGGAUGGGACCGAAUGAAAUUCAUGUUAAUGACCCGCGAUACUAUCACGAGCUCUACCGCUUGGGUUCCAGAUACUACAAAGACCCCGAGAUGCACAAGGUUUUGGGUGCUCCAUCCUCUACUGUUGCGGAAACCGACCCAGUCCUCCACAAAAUCCGCCGUGGUGCAUUGGAGCAGCUUUUCUCAAGGCAGAGUAUUUUGAAACUAGAACCCAUGAUUAUGGGCAAGGUCGAACGUUGGUCGAGCAAGCUUGAGGAACACUUUCAAGCUGGAAAACCUGUUCCAAUGGAAUUUGCUCUGAAAAGUUUGACUAUGGAUAUGGUUACAACUUUCGCCUUCGGCCAAGAGUUUGGAGCCGUUGAAGAUCCAGGAUUUAUGUCGAUUCCCGUGCGCCUCUUUAGAAAUUACCUAAUGAGCCUCCAUGUCAUUAAGGCAUUCCCCUUCGUGAAGCUUCUCCAAGGUCUCCCAUAUUUUAUUGCACGACAUAUUUCCCCUACGGUUGAAAUGGGCCGCCAUCUUGAAGACUUGAGUGAUGGUCAUAUCAAUUCCUUUGUUGACAAGUGGCAAAACGGAGACAAGCCAAAUUUCCCCACGGUUAUCGGGCGCCUUCUGACACCUAACGAAGACAAAGGUUUCCAGGUACCGUCGAAGCAAGGUAUCAAGGACGAAGUCAUCACACUUGUGUCUGCCGGCAAUGAUACUACUGGAAUUACUUCCAUGGUCGGGCUCUUCCAAAUUCUAACCAAUCCUAAAAUUUACGACCGUCUCUUGGCUGAGCUGAAGACAAUUUUGCCAAAAGUUGACUCUGUUGCCCCAUAUCAAGAAUUGGAGAAGCUCCCAUACCUGACCGCUUGUAUCAAGGAAUCUUUGCGAUACGCCUCAGCGGCGGCUUCUCGAACACCACGUUUGGUACCUCCAGGGGGUAUCUACCUCCCGGAUGGCCGCUUUGUUCCUGCAGGAACACGCAUUGGAAUGGCUAUAUACCUCAUUCACUUUAACCCAGACUUGUUCCCGAAUCCUAGAGUCUUCGAUCCGGAACGCUGGCUAAGAGAUCCCGCCGAAAUGACAGUUCAGAACAAAUUCUUGGUUCCUUUCUCCAAGGGCACCAGGGCCUGUAUUGGAAUUAAUCUAGCGCACAUGGAGCUUUACACGAUCAUGGCGUACCUCAUUAGGCGACAUGACCUUAAACUUUACAACACCACCGCCAAGGACAUGGAGUGGUGGGAUAUGGUAAUUCCAGAAUUCAAGGGCACAUUCAAAGCAUGGACCGGCAAAAGAACCGAGUAA